AUGUUUGUGGUUUUUAGCCUUGGUCAUGUCUCAUGGCAGAUAGCCGUCGAUCGUCCAACACCAGAUGGGCUUGCGCUUGAGGUUGAACAAUGCUCGUGCCCGCCUGGAUACAUUGGAACUUCAUGUGAGGACUGUGCUCCAGGGUACGAGAGAUCUGGUCAUGGACCUUAUCUUGGAACCUGCGUACCUAUCCAGCAAAGACAACCCCAAUGCACUGGUCCUGGUGCCGUAUCUCAAUACCCAGUUGGAGGAAGAUGUCAGUGCAAGACAUAUGCUCAAGGACCAAACUGCGAUCAAUGCCCACCACACUCUUUCUACAUGGCAGCUACGAACCCACAAGGAUGUAUUCCAUGCUUCUGCUCCGGCGUCACACAACAAUGCCAGUCUUCGAGCUUCCGCAGACAGAUGGUUGAAAUCAAUUAUCCUCGCGGA